GAAGUGUCAGGCGGCGAGCCGUCGGAUCCGGCGAACAGUCGUGCCUUCGCGCGCGCCGCAAAAGCGCCUGCGGGAGCCGCCUGUUGAUCUAGCCGCGGCGAGGGUGGAGAGCAGCGCGCGAAGUCCGCUUUCGUUUUGACGGCUUCGGCGUGCCUGCGUGCAGUGCGGUGCCAAAACUCCUAGACGUGAGCAGUCACAAUCUGGACGACGGUUGCGGUUGCAUUUACCAGAUCUUCAAAGAUACCCGGCAAGCGCGGACCGCCAGCGUCUGAAGUCCAAGUUGCGAAACCUCAGUCACCGCUUCCCGAGUGUCCGGUGCGGCCUGCCGCCUUGCUCGAUGACCGUCGCUCACCGAAUGCGUUGGAUAAUUGUGCGUUGGUGCUCCCGGUUCUGAACCCGGCUGUAGGGGUACACUGUGCCACAUUGGGAUAGCGAGGAGCAUGACAGACCCAACUGAAUGCUCUUCAUACGAAGGCAUAUGACACAGCCAAGCGGAGAUAGGCAGCCGUAGGAGCCUGCAGUGGCUACACCUUCCUUCAAGCACACGUACGUCAUCUCUGCCUCCUUCAGGUUUUCCUGCAGUGAAAUGCAUGAGCGAAUACUGGAACAAAUGGCUUUACCAACGCAUUCGGGAAAUUAAUUAGAGUCCACGCGCAGCACGCAGUCGAGGGUGUAAAAGGAGCAAGCGAACCAGAAACCAGCCGAUUCCCUGCUCCCCCCGCGCAGUCUCGACCUUGACGAGACAGCAAGAACAAAAAAAAACAAGAAAGAAACCCGGGAGAAAACGACGUGCGGCCGUCCGGCUUGCUUCCUCCUCUGACGGUCUGCCUGCCAGGCCUCGCUGAGCACUUUGCUUUCCGGUGCGCGAUGGUGAAGCAAGGAAUCGGUACCGUGGCGGUUGCGACAAAUCGCUAGGCCUAACGACCAUCCGAAGGCACUCGCUCCGUCCCCGAGACCGUGGUGCCACGUCGGCGGGUGGAGAAGGAGGAGAGAGUAGACCGCAGCUAAACGCCAGAAAGGACGACGAGUGAGUGACCGGACAUCCUGCCUCGGAGGUGGCCGCUCUUUGUGCUUUGCCCUCUGAGGUCCGCUUCCUCCGGGCAGACAGUCGUACCUUCGGUCGUCCAUCUCUCCUGCUGUCCGCGCGCGCUCCCGGCAAGAUCUGUGUCUUCGAACCGGAAAGAGAGAGCGGUCGGGCCUUGCCACCCUAACGAAUCCACGAAGACCACAUGGGCAGUGAAGCAACGACUGUCGCCAACCGUUCGGAGGCGUAGCGUCGUUGAUCCCGAUACUGAUCCCGCGGAGAGUCUUGCGUCCUUGCCUACUGGUCGCCGUGUCCGCUUUACUCAGAUUAUUUCUUUUUGUGCGCGCGUGUGUGUGUGUGUACUGUACUGUAUGAUAUCUUCACGACUUCAGUGAGAAGUCGCGGCGGGUUCUAGCGGCCACGACCCAAGACUGUGUCCUGUCCCACCUGUGGCCGUGGAUAUUUGACCAACGUGUAUUUUUGCGCGCCGGACUUGUCCUGAUGUUGUUCUUUGGACGAGUGACACGCUGACCGAGCCUAAGUCAGCGUUGUACUGGGACUACUUUUUUUACAUUUGCGAUGGCGCGAAAAAGUUUUGGAAUGCGAAAGUAAAGAAAAACUACAAUUAAAAAAACGCACUCUACUACUGCAUGGCCGCUAGUCAAUUACACGACGGCUCUCUUUCAAUAAAGCAGCCUCGCGUUCAUGCGAUGUUAGCGCUACUAUGAGUUCGACUGCGUCAACUUGCCGUACACUUCGGCAUCUGUCCCUUCAAGAGAAAAAGCGUUCUAGCAGUCUUGUGCCAGCAUUCUUUUAUGGGCUGCCGAAGACAUAGCGAGUGGACCAGGUUUUGCAAGACGGAGAAUCAUAUCGAACCUUGUAUUGUGACGUUGCUCACUAACCGACAGAAGUCGCAGCCUUGGCUCUUUCGGGACUUUACGGCCGCCAACAGAACAAUGCAAACUGCUACGCCAAACGACUCUUCGUUCGCGAAGCCCUGAUGCCGGCGUUAGGCAUGGAUCGGGCGCUGAGUACGGCAGCGCCGUACAAUGCCACCCUGGAGGUGACGAAGGCAGCGUUGCUCAACGCGUCCUUCUCGAACGAGACUCUGGUGCUUUCCUCGGCAGCCGCGGCUGCCGGGUUGGCGAACUUCACCGGCAACUUGACGGGUGAACUGGUGAUGCCCGGUGGCGGUGGUGACGUCAGUUGCCCGUGGGACCCUCGCGGCGGAGGCAAUUGUUCGUGGCCCGACGCCGGUCUGACGCCGGGCAACGACUCGUCCCUCGAGGCGUCCCGAAUGCCCACGGACGCGCAGCAACCGGCCGAGAAAGUCUACUGGGCGCUGAUGCUGGUCAUCCUUCCUUUCCUUGCCGUGUUCGGCAACAUCCUCAUCAUUCUCAGCGUGUACAAAGAGCGAAGCCUGCAGACGGCCACCAACUACUUCAUCGUGAGCCUCGCAUUCGCCGACCUGCUUGUGGCAGCCGCCGUCAUGCCAUUCGCCGUCUACGUUCUGGUCAACGUCGACUGGGAGCUGAGCGAAACGCUGUGCGACUUCUACAUCGCAGUGGACGUGACCUGCAGUACGGCUUCCAUAUUCAACUUGGUCGCCAUCAGCAUAGACAGGUUCAUCGCCGUCACGCAGCCCAUCAAGUACUCGAAGCACAAGAACAGCAAGCGCGUGGCGCUCACCAUCAUGAUCGUGUGGGUCGUGUCGGCAGCCAUUGGGUCUCCCAUCAUGCUCGGCCUGAACACGUCCCCACAACGGGUGCCGCACCUGUGCAUCUUCUACAACUCAGACUUCAUCCUGUACUCGUCGCUCAGCUCUUUCUACAUCCCCUGCCUGGUGAUGGUGUUCCUCUACUACAAGAUAUUCCGCGUCAUUCACGAGCGGGCACGCAAGGCUGUGGGAAAGAAGGAAGCACGCCUCAAGGGUCUCGUGCUCGAAGGAGGCCCACCACCCAUCGCCAACAACACCGGCCAUCACGGGGCCGUCACGCUCACGGCGGGUACAGGGGGUGGGGCCACCGGUGGGCAACCUGCGCAGGGAGGCCAGCCUCGGCCGGGAGACAACCGGAAUGGAAACAAGAGCCUUCAGGCGAGCUCCGUGGUGCCGGAGGCGGAUCCCCUGACAGCGAACACAGGCAGCGGCAGCCAGCCGGACGAGGACGAGUUCGACGACCUGCCCACCGAGGCCGGCGGGGACAAGUGGGCCGAUGGCGACGAAGAGGAGGCCAGCUUCCUGGCGGCGCAUAGCGCCACCUCCGGUAGCGACCCGCCGUCGCACGCGGCGCAAAACAGAAACCACGAUUCAGGAUACGUGGACUCGAACGUCGAUGAGGUCCACUUUUCCCGCCAGGAGAGGCCCAACAAGGAGUUCAAGAAAAACGGCACCGUGAUGCCCCUGUUGACAGUUUCGGUGGUGGGUGGUCCUGCAAUGGGCGGCUCCAUGGAGGACGGACCGGCUCGCAAGAAGUCUCGCUUCAACCUUGGUCGCAAACACAAGUCCAGCCGCAAGAAACGGGAGAAGGCGUCGGCGAAGAGAGAGAGAAAAGCCACCAAGACACUAGCCAUCGUUCUCGGGGUGUUCUUGAUCUGCUGGGUGCCCUUCUUCACGUGCAACGUGGUCGACGCGGUGUGCAUGAAACUGCAGAGUCAGGACUGCCAUUUGGGUGUCACCGUCUUCCUGCUCACCACGUGGCUAGGAUACGUAAACAGCUGCGUCAACCCGGUCAUCUACACAAUCUUCAACCCAGAGUUCCGCAAGGCCUUCAAGAAGAUUCUCAUGGAGCCCAUGAAGUGAAAAGAACGAACUGUGAACCCGCUCAACAGACGAUACAAACGGUGCUGUGUGCCAAAGUAAAAGAACUGCGAAUCGCCGAGGACAUACGCUGGAGCCAGCGAGGACUGAGAACCCGCUCGCUGAUCGUGCCUGUGUGCUCGCAUUUGCACGAGUCACUCUGACGUGCUUUCUGCUUACUCCGCGCCCAGUUUUGCCGGGAUAUCUUCUCUCGGGUGAUUCACUCGUUUAAAUCGCACCCUUGUUCAAAAACGGGGUAAUAAGCAGGCGAGUGAAUUGUUUCUCUUGGCUUACCACGAAGGAGUGCCAGCCAUGCGCCCCAACCUCGUCACAUGCGUGAAGUCUUCGGGCGCCAAGUCGUGAAAAUGCCGUUUCUGUAAUUACAGAAUCUAUUCGCUUAAUAUGACUAGAAAUAAUGUUUAUAACAUAUUAACAGGCUUUCAGUGUCGCGAGACGUCAACUCCAACACCUGUUCUCAGCCGAAUCUUCGGCCACGCAAGGCUGACGCCUGGUCCCUUGUCAAGUCUUAAAAUACUUGGUUCACUUGAAGAAAUCUAUCGCCAGCUACAACAAGUUCCAUACCUGCCAGUAUUCUCGGAGUCGUCGUUAUUUUUUUGUUGUAGCUUUGCCAGAGCUGCGAUUCGAGAUGUUUAAGGCCAAUCGCAGAAGCCGCGAACUUGAGACAUCGCAGCUCGCGGGAGGUGGACAUGGGUAACGAUAAUGGAAACGGGAUCAUUUGAUAAAUGAGGCGGUCUCGUAAAAAAAAAAAACGUCCUUCUUUGUCUUCCGUUUGCUUAGUUCGGCUGUUUCAUUUAUAGAUAUGUCGCUGAUGUUCCGCUAGAGUAGGUAACCCUGUUUCCCAAAGGUAAGACUCCCUCGUCUGUCCACUCAGCCUUUCUCCUAUACUUCAGUCCGCGUUUCUCAAUGUAAAUACAGUGGAGAGUGUAUGGAACGUACGUUGCACCACUCGUUAGAGGAAGUGCGCUUGACUUUGAUUGCAUGUUAAUGUAUAGCACGAAUUAUUUUGAGGUAAAGCGCGAGAGUGUGCUCUCCUGGCUCGAUUGUGACUGCUCUCUGUCCUGGCAAAUGCUGCAGGUCUGACAGAUCUACAGACGAUACAGCUGCCGGCAGGUAUUUCGCUCUGACUACAGUGCUUGUUUCAGCACGUUUCGGCGAAACGGGCCCGUACUUUAAGUAGUUUCAUGCACGGCUGCAUUAGCACGAAGUAGCCCAUACUUUAGUAGAGAAAGCUUGUUCUUCUUUUCUUCCAAAACAGCUUGUCAUCCCAGGCGAAAAAUGCUACAGAAAUUAACGCGAAAUAUCGCGAAAAAUGCAAUCCUAAACCACCGCUCACAUGUCACAGGACUCGUCCGACAACACGGCACAGGCCGCUGUUACAAUGACAAGAAAAUAAGCAUUCUGCAGCGCUUUUCUAACGGGAUGAACGACUCUGCAAAUACUUGAAACACUUCUAGUAGCGGUUUAACAUAAUGAACAGCGUAUGGCAGCCAAAUCGACAACCUGCGCGGGCCAAUCUUUAUGCUUUUCUGACGAACCAAAACAGGGUAACGUAUUGCAAACGGCAAACAGAAAUACGCACGCAUGUCACACUGCGUAACAUGACAGACACUACAGUAUAUCUCGCUGUAUAAUAAGAUAAUACUAUAUAUAAAAACGCCCAAGUGAACGAAUAGGUUUGUUCACCUGGGCGUUUCCAGAGCGCGACACUUACGUUCGCUGUCUUUGAUGUCUUUGCCGUAGGGCUACAAGAAACAAUUAGCGCUGAUGGCCUGCACAUAGCAGAUGUCGUGUUCAAAACGGCCGGAGCGUGCAGUCAUUAUAUAUGUAUUUUUCGGCGAUAAAGGCGCUUUAUAGUUUUCAUUGUACUUUCAACGCGUUCUUCGCAGUACACGCUCUAUCGUGUACUCGGUGCUCUAGUACCUAAGCAUUUCGCCCACUUUCUCAGCUGCAAAGCUUCGCGCUGCAGUUGACGAAAGCACUGGCGGCGUCCGUGAGCUUUUCUCCUCCCUCCAGCUCACCCUAUAUGGUCACACAUGUUAUAAAACUCU